UGAAUCACCCACGCGAUUUGAAGAAGAAACCUCUCUUUUUGUUCUAUUGAUUUCUUCAUCGAAAAUUUCAAGUAAAAUGUCUCGCAGAGGUGGUGGUGGUGGUGGCGGCGGCGGCGGCCGUGGUUCUGGUGGUCGUGGAGGACAGCCGUCUCCGGCUAUAUCCCGCGGCGGAGGUGGCAGAGGCGGUGGUGGAAGAGGUGGACGAGGCGGUGGAGGGAGAGACGGAGGUAGGGUAGGUCAUCCUGCUACUCAGCAGUUUCCUUCUCCAACUCCACAGCCUACUCCGAUUGCUUCCCCUCCUCCCCAGACUUCAACAAGAGCAUCUUCUUCUUCCUUAUCUGGAACUACUCUCUCACAGUCUGAAGUUUCGAAGAUCGAGGCACAAUUGGAGAAGAUGACAUUGACGCCACAGCAAGUUCCGCCGUCUUCAUCUAAAGAUUUGGCUGUGGCGAAGCGGCCGGGAUAUGGAGCCGUCGGGUACAAAGUUCUUCUUCGAGCCAACCAUUUUCUGGUUCAAGUUGCAGACAAAGAUCUCUACCAUUACGAUGUUUCUAUUACACCUGAGGUUUCAUCCAAAAAGGUCUGCCGAGAUAUAAUAAACCAGCUUGCAACAAUGUAUAGAGAAUCUCAUCUAGGUGGAAGACAAAUAGCGUAUGAUGGAGGAAAAAGUGUUUACGUUGCUGGUCAGCUUCCAUUUUCGUCCAAAGAGUUCACGAUUAAAUUAGUCCGUAAAGAUGAUGCAGGAUCUUCCCAACCAUCAAGGAAAGAACGUGAGUUCAAAGUAUCUAUCAAAUUUGCAGCCAAGCCAGACCUCCAUCAUCUACAACAGUUUUCACAUGGACGACGGCGAGAUGCUCCACAGGAGACUAUACAAGUUCUUGAUGUUGUUUUGAGAACAAAACCAUCUAUCGAUUACACAGUUGUUGGAAGGUCAUUUUUCUCGCAAAAUUUUGGGAAACCGGGUGAACUCGGUAAUGGUGUAGAGUAUUGGAGGGGAUAUUACCAAAGUCUACGACCUGUACAAAUGGGUCUAUCUUUGAAUAUAGAUAUUUCUGCUAGGUCAUUUUAUGAAGCAAUAUGUGUAACGGACUAUGUUGCAAAACACUUCAACCUAAGAAAUUUCUCCAAGCCAAUAUCUGAUCAGGACUGUCGCAAGAUCAGAAGGGUACUUAAAGGUGUGAAGGUGGCAUUAACAUGUACGGAGCAUGGCAGGACCUACAAAAUUACUGGGAUAUCGUCAGAGCCUGUAAACCGAUUAAUGUUUACUCUUGAUGAUCAGAGAACCCGAAUCUCUGUUGCGCAAUACUUUUGUGAAAAAUAUGGUGUUGUGCUCCAAUUUCCAUCUCUACCAGCUAUACAAGCUGGUAAUGAUGCAAAGCCCAUCUAUUUGCCGAUGGAGGUUUGUAGGAUUGUUGGUGGGCAGAGGUAUACCAAAAAAUUGAAUGAACGCCAAGUAACUGAGAUGUUAAGAGCGACUUGUCAGAGGCCUACAGAUAGGGAACACAGUAUAACAGAGAUGGUUAGAAAGAAUGAUUACGCUGAAGAUAAAAUUGUUAAGGAUUUUGGCAUUGACGUCGUAAAACAGUUAUGUGAUGUUCAUGCUCGUGUUUUGCCAUCCCCAAUGCUCAAAUAUCAUGAAACUGGCAAAGAAUCAAGAGUUGAUCCAAGGAUGGGUCAGUGGAAUAUGAUUAAUAAGAAAAUGAUCAAUGGUGGUAGAGUUGAUUAUUGGGGUUGUGUGAACUUCUCUGCACGGUUGGACCCAGGCUUGCCAUCUGAAUUUUGCCAUCAGUUGGUUAGCAUGUGCAUUAGCAAAGGAAUGGUUUUCAACCCUACUCCACUGUUUCCUGUACGUACUGCACAUGCAAACCAAAUUGAAGGGGUUCUUAAAGACAUUCAUAAUCAGUCUGUAAGAAGUUUGGGGCCCCAGCGCAAGUCUCUUCAGUUGCUCAUAAUUAUUUUACCUGAUAUUUCAGGUUUCUACGGGAAGAUCAAAAGGAUAUGCGAGACCGAGCUUGGAAUUGUUUCACAAUGUUGCCAGCCUAGGCAAGCUCAAAAGCUAAACAAGCAGUACUUUGAAAAUGUGGCCCUCAAAAUCAACGUUAAGGUUGGGGGAAGAAACAAUGUCCUAAACGAUGCUAUUCAGCGAAAAAUUCCUCUUGUUACGGAUAUGCCUACGAUAAUCAUUGGAGCAGAUGUAACACACCCACAACCAGGAGAGGACUCCAGUCCUUCCAUCGCAGCUGUUGUUGCCUCAAUGGACUGGCCCGAGGUAACAAAGUACAGAGGAAUUGUUUCAGCUCAGGCUCACCGUGAAGAAAUUAUACAAGAUUUGUACAAAGAGAUUCAAGAUCCUCAGAAAGGGUUGGUGCGUGCAGGGAUGAUUAGGGAGCUGUUCAUUGCUUUUAGAAGGUCGACAAAUAUGAAACCGCACAGAAUAAUAUUCUACAGAGAUGGUGUGAGUGAAGGACAGUUCUCUCAAGUUCUAUUUUAUGAGGUGGAUGCAAUCAGGAAGGCAUGUGCCUCGCUUGAAGAUGGUUACCAGCCCCCAAUAACCUUUAUUGUGGUGCAAAAGAGACAUCAUACCCGUUUUUUCCCUACCAGCCGGGAUACUGAUCGGAGUGGAAACAUCCUUCCAGGUACUGUUGUCGAUACGGAUAUUUGUCAUCCAACUGAAUUUGAUUUCUAUUUAAACAGCCAUGCUGGCAUUCAGGGGACAAGUAGACCAACACAUUAUCAUGUUCUGUAUGAUGAAAACAAAUUUAGUGCCGAUGCAAUGCAAAUACUUACUAAUAAUCUAUGCUACACGUAUGCACGGUGCACACGGUCUGUUUCCAUUGUUCCACCAGCAUACUACGCCCAUCUUGCAGCAUUUCGUGCUCGAUAUUACAUGGAGGGUGAUUCAUCCGACAGUGGUUCCAUGAGUUCAGGUGGUGGGAAUGUAGAGAUUCAACAACUGCCGAGCAUAAAAGAAAAUGUGAAGGAUGUCAUGUUUUACUGUUGAGCUUGAGUGUUGUUCUCAGCUUGGGUUGUGGUGGUUGUUUGGUUUGGUUUGGUUUGGUUGCUUGGGGUAUGAGUUUGGGUUUUUGAUGCUCUUCUUUGUGGCCUUAUUUUGUGGUACAUAUCUCCCAAAAUUGGUGGCUUUCUUUAUGGACAAUUUGAAGCGCCAGGUAGAAAAUACUUUCAGAGCUCUGGUACUAUGCUUUUUGGGUUUUGCAACACAAUUUGCCUGUACAUAUGCAUGUAAAUACCAGUAGUUUUAUACCCCAAAUUUAACCAGGUUUAUAGGAAUAGUUCUGCAAAUUUUUAUACUUUUCUAAUUUGUUGUGUCGAUUACAGAAAAUUAUGCCUAGUUAAUUCUGCAACUUGUCCA